UUCCCAGCUGUUUCUCUCCUUUGGUUGCACUGAGAGGUGAUGCCCAAGACGCAUCACUUUUCAGAACUGGACCAUGAACAACUUCAUUCUCCUGGAAGAGCAGCUGAUCAAGAAGUCCCAGCAGAAGAGAAGGACUUCUCCCUCGAAUUUCAAAGUCCGUUUCUUUGUUUUAACGAAAGCCAGCCUGGCAUACUUCGAGGAUCGCCAUGGGAAAAAGCGCACGUUGAAAGGCUCCAUCGAACUUUCCAGAAUCAAGUGUGUGGAGAUCGUCAAGAGUGACAUUAGCAUCCCUUGCCACUAUAAAUACCCUUUUCAGGUCGUGCAUGACAACUACCUCCUGUAUGUGUUUGCUCCAGACUGUGAGAGCCGGCAGCGCUGGGUGCUCACCCUUAAAGAAGAAACAAGGAAUAACAACAGCCUGGUGUCCAAGUAUCACCCCAAUUUCUGGAUGGAUGGGCGGUGGAGGUGCUGUUCCCAGUUGGAGAAGCUUGCAGUAGGCUGUGCCCCCUAUGACCCAACCAAGAACGCUUCAAAGAAGCCUCUUCCUCCUACUCCUGAAGACAACAGGCGGUCACUUCAGGAACCUGAAGAAACCCUGGUCAUUGCCUUGUACGACUACCAAACCAAUGACCCCCAGGAGCUUGCGCUGCAGUGUGAUGAAGAGUACUACCUGCUGGACAGCUCCGAGGUCCACUGGUGGAGGGUUCAAGACAAGAACGGGCAUGAGGGAUAUGCACCAAGCAGUUACCUCGUGGAAAAAUCUCCAAAUAACCUUGAAACCUAUGAGUGGUACAAUAAAAACAUCAGCCGAGACAAAGCUGAAAAACUUCUCUUGGACACGGGUAAAGAAGGAGCAUUCCUGGUCCGUGAUUCCAGGACACCCGGGACAUACACAGUCUCUGUGUUCACCAAGGCCAUCAUAAGUGAGAACCCCUGUAUAAAACAUUAUCAUAUCAAGGAAACAAAUGACAACCCCAAGCGGUACUAUGUGGCUGAGAAGUAUGUGUUUGACUCCAUCCCUCUCCUCAUCAAGUAUCACCAGUACAAUGGAGGAGGUUUGGUCACUCGACUCCGGCAUCCAGUGUGCUCCUGGAGGCAGAAAGCCCCGGUGACAGCAGGGCUAAGAUAUGGGAAGUGGGUGAUCCACCCCUCAGAGCUAACUUUUGUGCAGGAGAUUGGCAGCGGGCAGUUUGGGCUGGUGCACCUUGGCUACUGGCUCACCAAGGACAAGGUGGCCAUCAAGACCAUUCAGGAAGGGGCGAUGUCAGAGGAGGACUUUAUUGAGGAGGCCGAAGUCAUGAUGAAACUCUCUCACCCCAAACUGGUCCAGCUCUAUGGGGUGUGCCUGGAACAAGCCCCCAUCUGCCUGGUGUUUGAGUUCAUGGAACACGGCUGUCUGUCAGAUUACCUGCGAAGUCAGCGGGGACUCUUUGCUGCAGAGACCCUUUUGGGCAUGUGCCUGGAUGUGUGUGAGGGCAUGGCCUACCUGGAAAAGGCGUGCGUCAUCCACAGAGACCUGGCCGCCAGAAACUGUUUGGUGGGAGAAAACCAAGUCAUCAAGGUGUCCGACUUUGGGAUGACAAGGUUCGUCCUUGAUGAUCAGUAUACCAGCUCCACAGGCACCAAAUUCCCAGUGAAGUGGGCAUCCCCAGAAGUGUUCUCUUUCAGUCGCUAUAGCAGCAAGUCGGAUGUGUGGUCUUUUGGUGUGCUCAUGUGGGAAGUCUUCAGUGAAGGUAAAAUCCCGUAUGAAAACCGAAGCAACUCAGAGGUCGUGGAAGACAUCAGCACUGGCUUUCGGUUGUACAAGCCCCGCCUGGCCUCCUCUCACAUCUACCAGAUCAUGAAUCAGUGCUGGAAGGAGAAACCAGAAGACCGGCCACCCUUCUCCCAGCUGUUAAAUCAGCUGGCUGAAAUCGCAGAAUCUGGACUUUAGCAGGGACUCACUGACCAGCUACAGCCGUGGAUCCCGAGUGAAGGACAAACUUUUUCCAGAGCAUUAAAAGCUGCCACCAGCCCACAGGUGCCUGGCCCGCGGUGCCAGCCCCUGUGCAGCUAUGACUGCCGCGUCCUAAAAGAGGCUGGAGGACCAGCCACUGGGCCAAAGGCUGAAUUACAA